AUGGCCAGUAAAAAGAUGCCACUUCCAGUCGGCUCUGUGAAACUCAGCAUACCCGAAGAAGGCGUCUGCCACCCAGUCGUAGGCCGCACUUACGAAGAGCAGCGUAGGUAUCAAGUCGAACUAGUCACAAAGAUCAUCACUUCCAGAGAUGCCCCGCUUCCAAAGCUGCCAGCAGACGGGAUGCCCAAGCCCCAGUUCUGGGAGAAUCUUCGACUAAGUGGAACGCAUUCUGUGGAAGCAGAAAUGCAGAAUAGUACUCAGGCCGGAGUCUUAGCUUCGUCAACAGGCGAGAGAGUUCAGGAGUUGGGAGAGCCUACACCAAAGUCAAAGCCAACACACGAAUUGGCUGACAUUCUUCGCAUUAUUCCGAUAGGAUGUGAAGUGAUUGCUCACCUCUGGGCUGUCGAUACAAUCGCAGUCGGCUGCCUCGCAUCCACUUCUAAGGCUUGCUCAGACUGCGUUGCAAUAUUUGUGUCUCGCUUCCACCUCCCAAAUGGCGAUUAUCAAGACUGCGACUGGCUACCAACCUCCCUGAUAGAUAUGGCCGAGGAGAGGAAAGGAACAAUAGGCAUCGGGCGUAAUCUUUUCAUUCGUGGUAGAGACAGGAACGCCCCUCGAGCCUCAAUAAAGGGCACUCCCAACGUCUGGGCCACCGACAAGACUCGCGCCAAGAUGUGGGACAUUGCCCAGAUGAACAAGGGUAACGGCAGCGUCUACUUAAAGUUCAUGCCGUUUCUUGUUUGUGAGGAGAAACUUUUGCUACUAGAGCAGAAGAUCAUGAUAAGGAGACAGGAACUGGGUCUGCCUCCUAUAGAGACAGACGAACGCCACCAUCAUCUCCGAGAGAUGAGUUAUAAUAUUCCAAUGCUACGCUCCAUGCACCAAUACGGUCGUAACUUAAAGGCUAUCAGACUUCACGAGACCCCUAUGCUAGAUAUUCGAAUCGUCGAGUUAGUCCUGACGGCAUGUCCCAGGCUAGAGGUUCUUGGAAUAAUUAAUUGCGAACUUCUUCACUUCAGUACUAUCAUCGCAUUGCUGGACUUACUGCACUGGCACUCAAAGAAUGUCAGCAGGAAUCCGAUCAAGCUCGACUUUUACCCUCGAGCCAGUUAUGGCCCGCUCCAAGACCGUCAAGGAACCAAUUUCAUCUCGUGGGACGCUCUACCAAUCACAAACCGGUCAUCAGCAGUCUUGACGACAAUCCUACUGGCUAUUCUAAAGGCUCUCCCUAUGGGAAUAGACCUAGUUUCAAAAGAUCAACCCUUUCGCAAGUUCAUUGACCUUAUCCCGAUGAAGCCAGGGGCGAGCGCCUUAUUUUUGCACCAUCUCUUCACCUGGGUCGAUGCAGUUCAGACUUAUGGACACCACAUGCCUAGUCUGGACACCCUUGAUGACCUCGAAGACCAGGUCGUUUUGGCUGUUUACCAAGGGACGAGGCACGGCAUGCUGCCACAUUUGCGAGAAUCUUGCUUUGGUGAGACCUUUAGCUGCUGCCGCUGUGGCUAUGCCAUGGUAAAAUGCCUUUUCCGCCCGGAUAUGCGGCAACGUCUUGAUAACCAGCGUGUUUGUCGAGUGUGUGAGCUUAGAUAUAACCUUGAAGGUGAGAGGAACCAUCGCCUCUGGGAGAAAGAAAAACUCCUCGCAUCAUUUCUACACUCCACGGACGACAGCCCAAGGAAUAAACACAGCCACAUCAUCAAUUCAGCGGUUAUCCAAGCAGACUUAGGGGAUGUCAUAGCUCCGGUAAUGGCAAACCCGUUCAUUGUGGGCCCGGCUCCUGACAGUCCCUACCGUCUUGCUGUACUGGACGAGCAUCGCGCUCUCCCUGAUUUAAAAGCCCUAAUCUCCCCAGACCGAGAAUAUGACACUCUUCGCACAUCGGGCGAAGCUGCGCUCCUCGACGCAGUUGACAGGCUCAGAGAGUUGGAGGGUGUGUAUCCUGACCACCCAACGCUUACGCGUCAAAAGCAGGCUACUAGCAAGGGACAGAAGCAGUCAUGGGAGUACGCCAUCUGGAAGGACUCUGCCAAGGAAACGGAAGAGCACAAAGCAGCCGGCUUCUGGUAA